UCCCAAAAAACUUUCCCGCGCUAUUCCAUCUUCUUCGAUACUCUAAACUCUAAACCCUACAUCGAUCCGAUGGCUCCCAAAUCUGAUAGUGCCGAAGGAAUCGUGCUUAACUUCGUCAACGAGCAAAAUAGACCACUGAACUCUCAAACUGUUGCUGAUUUCUUGCAAAAAUUCAACCUGAAAAAGACUGCAAUACAGAAAGCUCUUGACACUCUUGCUGAUAGUGGAAAAAUAACAUUUAAAGAAUAUGGAAAACAGAAAAUAUACCUUGCUAGGCAAGAUCAGUUUCAGAUUCCAAACACUGAAGAACUUAAUCAAAUGAAGGAAGAAAAUUCCAAAUUACAACAAAUCUUGGAAGAACAAAAGAAAGCAAACAGUCAGCUUGAAGGAGAAAUAAAGUCUUUGCAGUCAAACUUAACACUGGAAGAGAUACUUUCCAAUGAUAAAAAACUAAGAAACCAGGUUAAAGAAAUGGAAGAAAGAUUGGCAAAAUUACGGGGAGGGGUAACUUUAGUGAGUCCAGAAGAACGAAAAGCUGUUGAGAAAACUUUCUCAGAUGCAAUAAGUCAUUGGAGAAAAAGGAAGAGAAUGUUUAAAGAUGUGUGGGAUACAAUUACUGAAAAUUCACCCAAAACCCCAAACGAAUUCAAGGAGGAACUUGGUGUUGAAUAUGAUGAAGAUAUUGGUGUGAGUUUGCAGACAUAUUCUACUUUAAUGCCACAUGGAAAGAAACGUCUUAGAGGCUAAUAUCCUAUCCAGUAUUGCAUGCUUAUGAGGUAAUCAGAUUUAUAAAUUAGUAGUUUUGUUAGUAUUGUUAAUUGUUAUUUGUUAAUGAUCUUGACUUUUUGACAUUUAGUAUUAUAUAAAUAUAUAAAUGGUCCCCAGGAU